AUGGCGGUAACUGAACCGUUGGUAAAACCAACCUACAUUUCGCUCCAAGAGCUUCAAAAACACAACAAACGUGGCGACGCAUGGAUCUCCAUUGACGGCAAGAUCUACGACGUUUCAAAAUGGGCCAACUACCAUCCCGGCGGCGAAGUUCCUCUCCUCAACCUCGCCGGACAAGACGUCACUGACGCAUUCCUCGCUUUCCACCCUCCCUCCGCCUACAAACAACUGGAUGCAUUCUUCACCGGGAGUUACCUUCGUGAUUAUACUGUCUCCGAAGUGUCUCGUGAUUACCGGAGUCUGUUCUCCGAGCUCACCAAAUUAGGUUUAUUCGAAGAUAAAGGACACGGUGUUUUGAUUCUGCUUUCGUUGAUUGUUGUUAUGUUCUGUGUGAGUGUUUAUGGUGUUCUGUUUUCUGAUAACAUGGUUGUUCAUGUGCUUUCCGGUGGUUUGAUGGGGUUUCUGUGGAUUCAAAGUGGUUGGCUUGGUCAUGAUUCUGGUCAUUAUCAGAUCAUGGUGAACCGGAAAUGGAAUCGGUUUAUGCAGAUCCUUUCUGGUAAUGUUCUUGCUGGUAUAAGCAUUGGAUGGUGGAGAUGGAAUCAUAAUGCUCAUCAUCUUGCCUGUAAUAGUCUUGAUUUUGAUCCUGAUCUUCAGCAUUUACCGUUUUUCGUCGUGUCUUCGAAGUUUUUCGGUUCGCUUACUUCUUCUUUUUAUGGUAGGAAGAUGAACUUUGAUUCUUUUGCUAGGUUCUUGGUUAGUUACCAGCAUUGGAGUUAUUACCCUGUUAUGUGCUUUGCUAGGCUCAAUUUGUUUGCUCAAUCCUUUUUCCUGUUACUGUCUAAGAGAAAAGUUCCUAACAGAAAGAUGGAGCUUUUAGGGUUGCUUGCUUUUUGGAUUUGGUACCCUUUAUUGGUUUCCUUUUUGCCUAAUUGGCGUGAAAGGGUUCUGUUUGUGAUGGCUAGUUUUACUGUCACUGGUAUUCAACAUGUUCAGUUCACUUUGAAUCAUUUCUCUGCGAGUGUUUAUGUCGGUCCGCCGACGGCUCAUGAUUGGUUUGAGAAGCAGGCUAGUGGAACUCUUGAUGUUACGUGUUCGUCUUGGAUGGAUUGGUUUCAUGGUGGUUUGCAGUUUCAGGUCGAACACCAUCUGUUUCCGCGGCUUCCACGACGUAAUCUGAGGAAAAUUGCGCCGUUGGUUAAGGAUCUGUGCAAGAAACAUAACCUUCCAUACACUUGUGUGUCUUUCUGGAAGGCUAAUGUACUUACCGUUCAGACGUUGAGGAAUGCUGCUUUGCAGGCGCGGGAUCUUACUAAACCAGUUCCAAGAAAUUUGGUUUGGGAAGCUGUUAAUACUCAUGGAUGA